UAAGGGUUACCACAUUGCAUUCUUCACAUUCAUCCUUGACUUUUUUUCCAGUAGGAAAAGGGUCAGGGAUGAUCUGAAGAAUGCAAUGCCGCAACCUCUAAUAUCGGUACUUUUGUCGGUCGCAUAUCAGAUAUGAAGAAUUCGUCAAUGAAGAAUAGAUCGCUUGAGUAGUUUGGACGACAAUCGGUCGGUUGAUUACAUUCAGACUUUGUCUCUACGGGUGUUAGGAAUGACACUAACACGGGCAUACACAUGACAUGGUUUUAUGCCCUCCACCCCGCUUUUCCCAGCCUGAAUGUCCUCGUCCACUCAGCGGUUGUUUUAAGCCCUUUUCCCAGCCUGAAUGUCCUAGUCCACAAAUAGGGAGUGACAUCACAUUGAUUUGUCGAGCACCAUGUGGAUUGAAGAUGUAUAAAUAUUGAUUCAAAGGAGCAGCUCCUGCAUCUAGGUUUUCUGAUCUAGGUACCAUUGUUGCUAGGCUCUUCAGUAGCCGUUGAAGUCUGCCACAUCGGAUGGUAGAUCCCAACCUAGCCUAACCUAAGAUGUAAAUUGAUUCAAAGGAAGAUGGGUCUUCUUUCCGAGCUCGCCCAUCUGGGUGACCUCUUUGCGAGACCCUUUUGGUGCAGGUCUUCCUCUGCGAGACCCUUUUGGGACUACACAACUUUUUGGACUACACAACCUCAAAACCAGCAGCAACAGCACAGCCACGAACAUGCACAUCCAGUCAGCAGUAGGAGUAACUACAGUUGUUCGAGUGCGACGCAUUCCAGCACGAGCAGUUCGUUCAUAGAAACGUCAGCAGGCGCACCGCCGCCACCUAAAACCGCUCUACGAAAACGAACAAAGCAUGAACUUGUUGCCAGUACCAGUUUUGUGAUGCGUUUUUAUUCGCAUAUGGACAAAGCAGCGGCAACGUCAACGUACACAGAAGGUGAGUUAGGAGGCGACAACUGGAGUGCGGACAAGGCUUUGACUCUUGGUAGUGGUUAUUUUAUGGCUCAAUUUUCACUGGUCAUUGAGGUUGGAUUUGAGUCAGGGUCACUGAAAUCGAAGAGGGGACCGCUUCUUGAGAGAACCAACAGGGGAUAUAAACUAAGGGAAAACAAGGGGUUUAGGGUUUAGGGCCUUUUUCCUUCAGAAUCAGUGACCAAUGAGUGUCGACGUUUAAUUAUUGGUGUAGUUCCGGAAAACACGCCUUGAGUGACGUAGUGACCUACGCAGGAGAGUUGAAGCAUAGGAAGAAAGUGUCGGGCGUCAAAGUCUUUUGGGCCUACGCGCCAGGCAAAGUCAGCAUAAGGACAAGCCCCGACGGUACAUUUUUUUAUAUCAAUGAUCUCCUCAAGUGUAAGAAAGAAAGCGUGGUCCAUGAUGAACAGAAACUACAAGAACUCUACUUUCCUUUUCUUCAAUCAUCCUAAGUAAACGAAAAGGAGAAAACUUUCUUUCUCUUCAUCCAUCGCCAGGUGUCCACUGGUCAACGAUUAUUCCGUUCCACUCGAGUCCUAGAGCGGAGGUCUCCUACGAGCAAAACCUGCUCUUUGACAAACAGCGGAACGUGAAAAUGGUAGCCCUAGACAUGACGACUCCAAGGCCUUGGGGAUUCUAUGGGAUAAAUCAGAUAUCACUUUUGAGGUAGUCGCGCUUUUGGAAACAAUUGAUUCCCAUUACUUAUUCCUAGAAAGAAUGAUUUCUCGACGCAUGAUUCCAGUGCAGAGCAGAGGCGUGAGGACCUAAACAUUUGAGACGAACCAGAUUAUUCCUUUUGUGUACUACAACAAUCAAAUUUUGUCUGCGCCGCGUCAGCUUCGGGGCGCGUCAGUCUCGUGUAGCGAC